UAGAAGUUUCGCUUUCAACUGUUUCAACGAACCUAACAGUCAAAACCUCCUUUUCCUUAAAAACUUCAAAUCCCACUCCUACCAACCAGACAACCUGCAUCAUCAGAACUCUCUUUUGACCAGCAAUUCCUUCGUAGCUAAGGUUUCUUCUCACUUUCCUCUUCUCCAUUCUUGUAUAAAAACCCAGAACCAUAUCCAAAUCCAAAACACAACCAAAUUGAAGAUGGCAAAUGAGAUAUGGAUCGUUCCAUUUAUUGGGCAGGGUCAUCUGUUCCCAUUAAUGGAGCUCUGCAAGCAACUAGCCUCCAGAAACUUCAAAGCCGUUUUCGUCAUUUCCUCCAACCUCUCCUCCUCUGUCCCUUCAUCUCUCCGCCAAUUCCCACUUGUCCAAAUCGCUGAAAUCCCAGAUGAAAUCCCACCACCAUCGUCGUCUGGUUCAUCUCCGCUGCCUCAGCCCGGCUCUGGCCCGCCCCGCCCCCACCAUGAUCGCCAUAAUCAGAUGGGCGUUGGCCUUGAAAAGCUGCUCUCGACCCGAUACGAUAAUCCGGAUUCUGCAACACCCGUUUGUGCUGUCCUUGACAUCAUGACGGGCUGGACUGCCGAGGUUUUUAAGAAAUUUGGAAUUCCAACUGUGGCCUUCUUCACCUCCGGUGCUUGCUCUGCUGCCAUGGAGUAUGCCAUGUGGAAGGCCCAACCCUUGGAUAUCAAAUCCGGGGAGACCCGUUUGCUCCCAGGGCUACCCAAAGAAAUGGCCCUCACGCUAUCUGAUCUUAAACAACAUUCUCGAGGGCCACCACUACCCAUUCAUGGCGGCAGUCCACCACCAGGGGCAGGUGCAGGUUUUCCUCCACCUGGUCCGCCUCCUAGUGGGCAUAGCGAUGGCCUGCCUCCACCGUUAGGCCCAGGUGUAGAUUUUCCUCCACCUGGCCCACCCCCACCUUUUGAGGGACCUGGGCAGAAAAGAAUGGGCCCACCCAAACCAGGCGGUCGACCUCCUUGGUUAGAUGAAGCAGACCGCUCUAUUGCCUUGAUGAUCAACACGUGUGAUGAUUUGGAGCGCCCAUUUAUAGAAUACCUAGCCAAACAAAUUGGGAAACCGGUUUGGGGAGUGGGCCCGCUUUUGCCUGAACAAUACUGGAAAUCAGACGGUUCAAUUCUUCGCGAUGGCAAACUCCGAACCAGUAAUCGAAGAUCCAACAUCAGUGAGGACGAGGUGAUUGAGUGGUUAGAUUCAAAGUCAAAUGGAUCAGUACUAUACGUGUCAUUCGGAAGCGAGGUGGGUCCUACAGUGGAGGAGUUCACAAUAUUGGCAGAGGCAUUAGAAGCAUCAAACCGGCCAUUCAUAUGGGCGGUCCAAUCCGGUUCAGGUAGACCGCCGGGUCCGCCCUCAAAAGGCGAAGAAGGAUAUUUCCCUCAUGGAUUGGAUGGGCGGGUGGGGAAAAGGGGUUUGAUAAUACAUGGAUGGGCACCACAGCUGUUGAUACUGAGCCACCCAUCAACAGGAGGAUUUUUAUCACACUGUGGGUGGAAUUCAACCGUGGAAGCAAUUGGGCGUGGGGUCCCAUUUUUGGCGUGGCCAAUCAGAGGCGACCAACACCAUGAUGCCAAAUUGGUGGUGAGUUUUCUCAAAGUGGGGUAUCUGAUUUCUGAUGAUAUUUCAGAGAAAAUAAAGAAGGAAGAAAUAGUGAAGGGAAUUGAGAAGCUGAUGGGCGAUGAAGACAUGAAACAACGAGCUGUUAGGCUUAGUGCCAAGUUUGAGCAUGGCUUUCCAACAAGUUCGGUUGCUGCUUUAGAUGCUUUUAGGGAUUUUGUUGAUCAAAAAGCAGCUUAAGCUUACUGAAUUUUCAUGUCUUGUGUUUUAUUAGUUGCUUUAAGACUUGUUUCUCAAUGCAUCAAUGUAUCUAUGUAUCAGGGCACACGUAUUCUAACCAAAAUUUACCUCAUUUCACAUCAAUAACAUCGUUUUUAUGUUAUUAAUGA